CUAGCAGGCUUGGAAGAGACUGGGGAGCUUGAUGAACCAACAGUAAACAUGAUGAACGUCCCUCGCUGCGGUGUGAAGGAUGGUGGUGGUGGCAGCAGUAAGAACGAUCACAGCAGACGUAAACGUUAUACACUCCAAGGAUCAAGGUGGCGCACCAGAGACCUCACGUACAAGAUCAACAAGUACCCCAGCGGCCUGGCCAAGACGAAGGUUGAUGAAGCUAUUGCCAAGGCUUUCCAGGUGUGGGGUGACGUGUCGACCCUCACCUUCAAGCAGAAAACUUCAGGCAAAGUAAAUAUAGACAUCAGCUUCGAACGAGGUAAACACGGGGACGGUGAUGCCUUUGAUGGCCCUGGAGGUGUUCUAGCUCACGCGUUCUUCCCGCAGUAUGGUGGUGAUGCUCAUUUUGACGCUCAGGAGAAAUGGACAGUCAAGACUAACCGAGGGACCAACUUACUCCAGGCAGCAGCACACGAAUUCGGUCACUCCCUCGGUCUCUCCCACACGAGCGUCAAGAGAGCACUCAUGGCUCCCUUCUACCGGGGUUAUGAGCCUAAUCUUCAACUACACUCAGACGAUAUCAAAGGCAUCCAGGCUUUAUAUGGGAAGAAACCCACCACCACCACCACCACCACCACGAGAGACUUCCCGCGUCUACCUAAAAACAUAGACACUGUUUUUAUCUGGUCUGGCAACAACAAGCUCUACUUCGUGAAGGACAAGAAAUAUUGGCGCUACAUCAAAAGUCGAUGGUCGGCCACUCGGUACUCACUCAGUAAGGGCUACCCGAAGGCUGUGAAGCGGUGGGAAGGCUUACAGGAGGGCCUGGACGCUGCCACCAAGUAUAAUGGAAAAACCUACUUCUUCAAGUCGUCGGGGCUUCAAGGUACCCAAGAACCCGUAUCCCUGGGAGACGACCACAACGACAACGACGACUAUGUUGACUACGACCAGUUUGAUGCAGUUCAAACUCCUCAUAAAUUCCUCAAACUCCUCAAAAGUUCCUCAAACUCCUCAAAAGUUCCUCAAAAGUUCCUCAAACUCCUCAAAAGUUCCUCAAACUCCUCAAAAGUUCCUCAUUAG